AUGGAUAAUCCCGUAGCUGAAGAAGUUGUGAUCGUUGAGGUAGAACCCUCCUUAGAAACCAAACACUCCACUUUGAAUUUCGCCGUCAUGAUUUUAUUAAAAAUCGCUAAUCAAUUGGAACCUCUCGGUGUCCUCUGGAUCAACUAUCACCCACAUAUAUUUGGGGAAGAAGCUGUAAUCAUGCUCCCAUCACCACUUAGUUUCAUUAUAGUUGGUUUAUAUACUUUUGCAAAAAUCAAGUCGCAAGGAUAUGAAUUCCCUUUUCGCACGCACCCUGGUUCCGUCAACGUGGCGAUUACCAGCAUGCUCUUUUAUGGUUUGGCUUCUGCAGCUGAACAUUUCAUUUCUACAAUACGUCUUCCACCCCCUUCGGUUUAUGCCAUUAUUGCUCGCUUGGGAAGAAUAGGUUUUUUUUUAUUUUGGUGGCAUCUCUGUCAUCUUUGUUAUGUCUUUGAUAUUUCCAUAUCUCUUACGUGA